GAAUGAGUGCGGAAGUUCUUUCAUCCAGCAGCAGAAAGACCAGAAGAAGAAGAAGAAGUAGAAGAAGAAGAAGAAGAAGAAGAAGAAGAAGAGUCCGUCGCUCCUCUCCGUGCGGACACACCGACUCUCCGCUCAGGAGCCCGGGAACAUCUGCACAGCCGCCGCCGGCAGCAGCAGCUCGUCCGUCGGCCUCCACAAACCGCGGGCGAUGGCGAGGCCAAGUCACAGUGAUCAUGUUCUCCAGCAGCUCAACAACCAGCGCGAGUGGGGCUUCCUGUGCGAUUGCCUCAUUGCCAUUGGUGACAUUUACUUCAGGGCGCACAAAGCCGUCCUUGCAGCCUGCAGCUCCUACUUCAGGAUGAUGUUCAUCAGGGACCAGCAGGGGACGGGUCGCCUGGACCUCAGCAACAUGCAGAUUAGCGCUGAAUGCUUUGACCUCAUCCUGCAGCUCAUGUACCUUGGACGCAUCAUGGUGGGGAGCUACGAGUUUGAAGAGCUCAAGGCCUCCAUGGCCUACCUACAGAUGUACUACAUCCCUGACUCUCUGGAGGACCUCAGGGACAUCAGGAGCUCCAACCUCACCCCGUCUUCCUCCGCCUCCUCUUCAUCCAGUUCCUCCACUGGACCUGCUGGCGGGAAAAUGAUGUUUGGCGUCCGUAUGUAUGAGCAGCAGAGGCCCGCUGCACAGGAAGCAGAACCGAAAUCUGUCAGCAGCACCAGUACCACACGACCUACAGUUCCGGCACCGGUCACCAGGUCGGUGGUUGUGGUAGAGGAGGUGGCGAACACUCCUCUGAUCGUGGCACCACCGGCUGUAGAUGGAGCACUAGAGCAACCAUGUGACUUAAGAAAGAGGUCCAGCGGCAGGAGUUCCACGCUCAAAGACCGUCCACGGUUUGGUCGCACCUACACCUGCGACGACUGCGGCUUUGUCUUCAGCUGUGAGAAGCUUCUAAUCGAACACAUCCUCACUUGCACGAACCGGAAAGCCUUUCAUCCACCGAGAGGAAACGCAGAGGGCGACAACGACUCGAGCAAAGCUGAGAGCUCUGCGUCAGAGAGCACAGAGGAGCACAAAGUCCUCUGUAAAGGUGAGGAUGACUGGCAAGAGGCCCCGCCCAAUUCUGACCUCGCCAUCAGGUCAGUGGCAGCUGGGACCGACAGAGAAUCCGGGUCGACUCGGAGUGUUUCCAUCAAGACUGAACCGGAAGAAAGCCUGUUCCCUGACAUUGAAAUGGUCCGUGUUGGCGAGCACACUGCCCGAGACUGUAGCUCGCAGUUCAACGAUGUGACGCCGAAAGACUCGCAGAGGGAGAAAAUGGGUUUGGACCGUGAACCCAAGCCAAGCGUGUCAGGCGUGGAGAACGGAAGCGAGCCUUUUGAAGUCCACUUGUCCAGCAGUGACGAUUCGGGGAUUCCUGCGAAGCUUCGAAAAGUCAAAGAGGAGAAGCAGGACACAGAUUGUGCCCCCUGUGAACUGUGUGGCGCGCUGUUAACGGAGGAGGACAAGUCCGCCCAUUACCUGUCCAACCACAUGGGUCAUAUCUGUGCCUGUGGACGGUGUGGCCAGGUGCUGAUCAAAGGUCGGCAGCUCCAGGAGCACGCGGAGCGCUGUGGGGAGUCCCACGGCGGCGAAUCGGACUCGCACGGGGAGGACGAGGUGCUGCUGCUGGAAGAGCAACAAGGUGUGGACGAGGGUCUGCUGGAGGCCGCUGACCUGGCCUGUCCUCACUGUGGCCUGCUGUUCCAGAACGAGAGCGUGGCGCUGGAGCACGCGCUGUCCUGCCACGAGCAGGAGCUGUUCCGCCCGGUGCUGCUGGACGAGGGAGCCGAACAGGAUCACCGUCGCAAACACUUUUGCAGCAUCUGCGGCAAAGGCUUCUACCAGCGCUGCCAUCUCAGGGAGCACUACACCGUCCACACCAAGGAGAAGCAGUUCACCUGCCAGACCUGCGGGAAACAGUUCCUGCGGGAGCGUCAGCUCAGGUUGCACACCGACAUGCACAAAGGCAUGGCGCGCUAUGUGUGUCCCGUCUGUGACCAAGGAACCUUCCUGAAACAUGACCACGUUCGACAUAUGAUUUCUCACCUGUCCGCCGGAGAAACCAUCUGCCAGGUUUGUUUCCAGAUCUUUCCUGGUGGAGAGCAGCUGGAGAAGCACAUGGACGUCCACCUGUACAUCUGCGGUGUUUGCGGGGAGAAGUUCCGCCUCCGUAAAGACAUGAGGAGCCACUAUAACUCCAAACACACUAAGAGACUAUAGAAGCGGCCUCUCAUUUACACCAGUUGGUCUAAGGAAGCCGAAACUGUGAGAACAAACUGAUGCACUUGAACCCAAAAAGACAUAAUCUGUCAUCUUUAAUCUGCACCUUUUUUUAGAAUAUGCAUCAGUGAGACAGGCGUGUGCACCACAUGUUCACUCACAGCUUUACGUCAGGAAAAGUUUGUCACCAUUAAAGGGAUAGAGACACUUUUUUAAAGUGUGGUUACACACAUAGUCAACACUGACUUACCCUGAGCGCCCCCUGCUGCUUAGAACGAGCCUGAGACACAGAGGUUCACUCUUAGUGACAACAUGGCUUAUCAAAAGACUUGUGUCAUAAAAUCAGUGUCCGUUUAAGUC